CGUCUUGUCUCUCUCAUAUUUUUGUUUGUUUGCUCCUAACGUUUCUCUUUCUUCGAACAAUCUCCAGAAAACCAAACUAUCCCGUCCGGAGAGAAGUGAAUUUGAGUUUUCUCUACUCGUGUCACGCGAUGUCGGACUCUGGUGGUGGUGGUUCUCACAAGUCCUCCGCAACAAAAUCUUCCAUUUUCGGACUAAACCUCUACUUAGUCAUCGCGAUUUGUUCUGUUUUCAUACUCUUGAUCUCACUCUUGAUCUUCCUAUUCGUCUGCUUGAAUCGCGUUUCACGCGCUCGUAAAAUGCGCGUGAAACACAGCUCCGGCUCGAUCCCUCUCGUCUCUAAAGAAAUCUCGGAGAUCAAGACUGUCGGAAAAUUUAUUAACUCCGAUGAUUCCAAGGGUAAAAUGGGAAACGAAGUUGUUGUUGUUGUCUCCGCCUCAAGCAAAGAAGCGACGAGUGGGUUUGAUACUUUGUCGGUGGCUUCUAGCGGUGACGUUGGCUCUGAGGUAAUGGGAUGGGGAAGAUGGUACAGCUUAAAAGAUCUGGAGAUUGCGACACGUGGCUUCUCCGAUGAGAACAUGAUCGGUGAAGGAGGAUACGGUGUCGUUUAUAGAGCUGAUUUCUCCGACGGUUCUGUCGCCGCCGUCAAGAAUCUCCUUAACAACAAGGGUCAGGCAGAGAAAGAGUUCAAAGUUGAAGUAGAAGCAAUUGGGAAAGUAAGACAUAAGAACUUGGUUGGUCUGAUGGGAUAUUGUGCUGACAGUGCUCAAAGGAUGCUUGUGUAUGAAUAUAUUGAUAAUGGAAACUUGGAGCAGUGGUUACACGGUGAUGUAGGUCCGGUGAGUCCUCUUACGUGGGAUAUCCGCAUGAAGAUUGCCAUUGGAACAGCGAAAGGAUUAGCCUAUUUACACGAAGGGCUUGAACCUAAGGUUGUGCACCGUGAUGUGAAGUCUAGUAACAUCUUGCUCGAUAAGAAAUGGAACGCGAAAGUGUCUGAUUUCGGUUUGGCCAAGUUAUUAGGAUCUGAGACAAGCUAUGUGACAACUCGUGUGAUGGGAACUUUUGGAUAUGUUUCACCGGAAUAUGCAAGUACGGGUAUGCUCAAUGAGUGUAGUGAUGUCUACAGUUUCGGUGUUCUGCUCAUGGAGAUCAUUACAGGAAGGAGCCCUGUCGAUUAUUCAAGACCGCCUGGCGAGAUGAACUUAGUGGAUUGGUUCAAAGGAAUGGUUGCUAGUAGACGUGGAGAAGAAGUUAUAGACCCUAAAAUAAAGAUGUCACCUCCUCCAAGAGCUUUGAAAAGAGCUUUGCUUGUUUGUUUGCGUUGCAUAGACCUUGACGCUAGUAAACGACCAAAGAUGGGACAAAUCAUUCACAUGCUUGAGGCUGAAGAUUUUCCAUUCCGUCCUGAACACAGAUCAAACCAGGAAAGAUUGAAGUGAGAAAGCUUCUAAGGCAAACAAGAAUGUCUUGGGGAAGACCACACUUGAGAGUUGAUGCUAUUCGUUACACAGCCAUAUAUUGAUAGAUGUUGUUUUUCAUGUUUGUUCUUAUAUUGAGGAAUUGUGAUGCAAAAGAUAAAAUUGGAAAAGUGAGAUUAGAUAUUAUGAGGAUGGAAUUCAGAUUUAAGGCUUGUAAUUUGUAAAUAUCAUAUAUAUUGUAUAAUAAAACAGUGAACUCAAAGAAAGUUACAUUUCUUCUC